UUUCAUUCUAACUCAAAUGGCAAAACAUCACGACGGAAGUAAAUAGAUUCACGUGGAUUCGGUGUAUAGAGUUUGGGCGUUCGUGGAACAUGUACACAGCCUCUAUAUCUGCAUCGCAUCAGUCUCGCCUGAGGCUAAGGUGAGUUUGCUUUGAUCUACCGACCGCCAUGUCUGUCCUCUCUGCUGCCGAUGUAUACGCCGAGCAGUUGUUUCGCCUGGGUCAUGGCUAUCCUCUCUGGGAUCCUGACCCACCUAGGCCUCAAGGAGAAAUACUGAUUGGGGAUGUGGGUUUUAUUGACGAGAAUGGGUCAUUCCAUCGCGCAUUCAACGCCAUCAAACCCGAGGACGAUCCUGUCAACGAAUUUGGUGUUCCGAAUGGCUACAAGCCUUUCAGCUUAGCCUCGAAGUUCUCGGAUUUCAAGAAAGUUGGGGCACUCACUCCCGGAGCGCUGUGCAGCAGGACUAUCAGGCAAACGCAAGUCGAUAUCAGUGCUUCAGCUCAUGGCGUCGGUGCUGGCCUUGAGUUCCAGUGCAUAGACGACCAAGGCGCACGCGGACGCGAGGUGGUCCUUCCCAGCAGGCGCAUGUCGAACUACAUGUCACAGAGCUUUUCAAGUUGGUACGAGUUCUUCAGGGACAGCCUCGACGUCGACGUUCCCAGAGAGUCUCUGCGCUUCAUAUGCGGUGUAUGCAAGACUGCAGACUGGGCAGUGGCGUCAUACACACAAUCGGGAAAAUCGGCACAAUUCCAAUUCAAUGCAGAUCUAGGAGCAGCUUCUGCCGCAUUUUCGGUCUCGGCUGCGGCAAGAGUCCUUGUUGCACCUGAACAGAACUGGGGACCGCGCGACGCCUCGUCCACGGGCGAUGAAAUCAACAGUGGUCUCAGGAAUAACCAGACCAUUUUCAUACACUACUACAAACUGAAGCGGCGCCUCCUCAUGUUCCCUAGUCGCUCGUCGAUCGACAGCGCGAGCGGCGCCGAAGAGGUGAACGUGAUCGAACGGGAUACCACAGGCUCCGCGUUCCAGUGUUGGGACCCCGUAGACUUCGUCUUGGACUAUAUCUUGAAGUACGAAGCAAGUGUCCAGGUUGCAGUUGCCAAUGAUCGUGAUAUAAAUAAGCUAUGCGAACAACACGGGUGUGAAAUACCGGACGACAUCCCACAGUUCCUCGAAACCGUCAAACCGCAUAUCGAAGUCACGGAAGAUGGACUCGGGAUGUUGUCCCACGAGGACAUCGCCAUCCUCGAACGCCCGAAUGCAGUAGAACAGACUGUGCCAUUUGCUGUUGCCGAUGAAUCGUCCAGCUCGAGCAUCGCUCCGGAGGGGGCGGCUACGGCAGUAGACUCUGAGCAGCCACCUCCCAGCACACAGGACUUGCCAACCGCUGCCGAGGAAACCGCUGACAAGGGCGGUCCCGCCGAUCAGAAGAAGGCGAACAUAGUCGCGGACAAUGGUACCUUCAUCGAGCUGGAUCACCAUGCCGGUGGCAUCACGUCGCUUGCAUACUCGCCUGACGGCCGCUACAUAGCCAGCGGGGCUGACGAUACCCUCGUGAUCAUCUGGGAUGCCCGUAAUGGCCACCGCUUGCACGCUUGCAGGUACCAUACAGACGCAGUCUGCUCGCUGGCCUUUUCCCCUGACAGCAGGAGGUUACUCUCCGGUGCCAGUGACGGUCUCGGGGUUAUUUGGGAUGUCGAGACAGGACAAGAGCUUAGGGUCCUGACCGGACACACGGGCACCUUGUACUCUGUUGCAUAUUCACCUGAUGGUUCGGCCGUCGCCACUGGAUCUGUCGACACCUCUGUCAGACUCUGGGAUGCUGCCACGGGGAAAGAACGUUCUUUGUCCAGAGGCCAUAGCGCAAUUGUUCUGAUUGUCGCGUUCUCGCCUGACAGCCGCCGCCUCGUUUCUGCAAGCGCAGACUACUGUAUCCGUGUUUGGAGCGUGCGAGAUGGAACGUUGCUUUCUGUCCUCGAGGGCCACCAAGGCGUCAUCUAUGCUCUGGCGUAUGCCCCCGACAGUCGUCGCCUGGUCACAGGCUCGGACGACGGCUCGGCGCGGAUCUGGAAUGCGGAGACUGGCGAAGAGCUCGUGGAUUUGCGAGUGCAUUCCGGGUCUGUGUGGGCCGCGGCAUUCUCCCCGGACGGUAAACAGUUGCUGAGCGCAGCCAGCGACGGCUCCAUUCGGAUUUGCGACUCGUACAGCGGCGACAAACUACAUGAAAUAGACGCCAGCGAUCAACUCGUGAACGCUACCGCGUUCUCCGCCGAUGGCUCGCGCAUCUGCGCAAGCUCUGCGGACAACAGCAUACGCGUGUGGGAUACGAAGACUGCAACUCAACUCACAACGCUUACUGGUCACUCCGACAAAGUCAGCUACCUGAGGUUCUCUCCGGACGCAACACGCAUUGCAUCAUCCUCCGAUGACGGCUUGUUGCGUAUAUGGGACCUCAGCCGUAUGGGCAUCGGUCACCAAGGAGCGGUUGUGGAUGUGUAGGAUUUGUGUUCGCUGGAAUCUUGAAGAUGUGUUGGUGGGAUAUUGAUGUGUAUUUUGGAAUCGGAUGUACUAUAGUACGUGCAUAUCAUGCUUUGUGUAAAUCGGAGCCAAUAACCCCGAUCCCGAUAUGUCUAUAGUAAUGGCUGAUGUCUCGUAUUACUCGACUACAUCAUGAUUGUGGCACACGAAUUGGUUGAAGCAGCUCAGGCUGCUCGGCAUGCCACUGAUAGUUCACAGCGACAGAAUGGGUGGUCAAUUGGACUGCCGCCCGUGAAACCACACAUCGU